AAGCUGUUCUCACAGCUUAAACUUCAUCUCAAAUGAUUUAAACAAACGUUGCUCUGUAGCAUAAGUAGACUAUUCAAACACACAGUGGAGAUUUGUUCCGCAUUUAGUGGGGAUAAUUCACAUUAGCAUGACUUGCCAGGGGGCCAAAUAGGGGUGGGCUUUGGUAAGAGGAACAGGAAGAGAGGAGUCGACAGAGUGAAGGUGGAAAGAGCAGACGCACAGGGCGAGAGCUUGUCACGUCGGCGUGUGAAAGCCUUCAUACUCUCUUCUUCAAACAGAUAUUGGCACGGCUCUGGUCAACAAUGCUGUGCUCAGUCUGUUGUGACUUCAAGAGAUGAUGCUUUGAACGGACACAUUUUUCAAAAAACAGCGUUUGACAGGGAGAUUAAAAGACUUCACCGUGACCAAAGCUGAAAUGGCUGAAGAGGGGCUGCUGCGUCCUCUCGUCAUCACCGAAGAAGGAGAUGUAACUGAGGGUGUCGCUGAAAAAGGCGCAACAGGCAGCCUGGCUGAAAUCGCUCCGGGCUCCAGUGCAGAGUCGGCUCUGAGAGAGGAAGAGGAGCACACAGGGGAGGACAAGAAUGAAGAAGUCGUAGUGAGCAAAAUGCGUUUAGAAGAGCAGGGCUCGGGGAAACUGCACAGCAACACAGAGGGUGACCAGACAGGAGGGGAAGGAGAGGUCAAACGGGAAGAAACCGAGAACAUGACUAAUGGACUGAGAAGGGAAGCGCAAUCGGCUGAAGUGAUGAGGAUUCAUGAAAAAUCUGAGAAGCCUGGUGUCACAGAGGAGGGAGAUAAACCUAAUGAUCCUCAACUGGACGUAAAGAGGUCAAACGUGUCCAAGCAACAACCUAAGGGGACACAGAGCCGAGAUGAGGAUUCGAAAGAGGCUCACCGGUUAACCCCUGACUUCCCUGAUGCUCUGUACGAGCUGCUCUGCACACUUCAGGAGGGGCGACGGCUCAAUGACCAGCGCUGCUCCUUCAUGCUGGAGGGUGGCCUCGGGAGGAGGAGGUGCCACUCGGUGCCAAGCACGACCAAACCAGCCCAUAGAGUCGUCUUUUCGUCCAUGACUUCACUGCAGAAAGAGGAGUUUUUCGAGCAGGUGGCCACCGCUCAAGCUCGCCGCCUUGAUGACCAGAGGUCACAGCUGCAAAGGUCACCGCCGCCAAAACCAAAAGCCAGGACUUUCAGAGGCAGCAUAAAGCAACUGUCUUUUGCAAGAAAGCCCGCGCCAGUUCCUGUGCCCAAAGAGGAUCUGUAUAAUAUGAUUCUCACGACACAAAACCAGGGCAGACUGGAGGACCAGCGCAGCAGAGCUCCAGGUCCCAUGGACGAUGAGGACUUCUUCUCCCUGCUCCUGAGGGUCCAGGGUGGACGCAUGGAAGAGCAGAGGACUGAACUACCGCUCAUGCUGGAAACCUGAGAUGGAAAACAAAAAGAAAGACUGUGGCUACAGGGGCUGCCAUUCCAGUAUUGUAGCCUUUUUAGUCAGACUUCCUGUUAAAAGAGCGGUGUUUGCUGACCCUGAUGACGCUGUGUUUUAGGGAAUAAUUAGUCCUCUUGAUUGUGUUUAUCAGUGUUAAAACUGUUGAGAACAAAAACGCUUGAGCAAUGUCCUCGAUGAGAUUGUGAGUUCUUUCAUUCAGCAGUUAUGCUUUCUUUUGGACAAACUUCGCAUUGUGUGUGUUGAGAGUCUGCAGCGAGUGGCUGAAAGGUUCUGCGUGUGUGUUCCUGUUCUCGAUGUGGAGGAGGCAGUCUACUGAUCUCAGUUUGUUCUCCUUUUUUGUACAGACGAUAUAAAAGGAGCAGUUGUGUGAAGGAGAUAAAAGCUCCAAGGCCAUACACGGCUUCAAAGCAUAAGGAUGAUUCUCCUCCAAUGAUUAACAGAAAUAUAUCUGAGCCAACUUUUUUUUAUUUGUCAAAAACAGAUCUAACACACAUACUUAUGAGGAUAUCAUUUGAUCAUUAGAGCAUGUGGUCUUUAAUUUUUAUCUUAUUUUUGUAAUUCCUUUACUGCAAGCAGUCACGCUACCUCUAAAAGGGAGGUGUAAAACCUGCUCUGUAAUUUGUUAUCAUUAAUCAAUCACAAACUAGAUCCGGUUUAAUCUUUCAAAAAACAUCCUGAUGCAGAUACAUCAGAACAUUCACACUUAAAUAAAGGAGCUUUUGUUGUCCAAUUUACAGGUGUUAACAAAUGAGGAGUAAAAGAUAAGUGUGUUAAUUUUUAACAGAAUAAAUGGACUAAAAACAA